GUGAUGGGGGAAGAUAGAGAAGAGAGGAGAAAGCAAUGGGCAUUGAUAGUGAAUACGUGAUAUCUCACAAGGCCUAUGCGAGGGUGGGAUUGCUUGGGAACCCGAGCGAUGUCUACUACGGCAAAACGAUAGCGUUAAGCGUCGCCAACUUCUUCGCCACCGUCACGCUGCGUCCCUCCGACCAGUUAAUCAUCCAACCCCACCCCCUCCACGAUCUCCUUCAUUUCUCAUCGCUCCCUCAAUUGGUCAACAGGUUGAGCUCCCAAGGUUACUAUGGAGGCGUGCGAUUGCUUAUGGCUAUUUGCAAUGUCUUCUACGCGUAUUGCAGAGAGAACGCCAUCGAUCUUGGCGACGACAAUUUCACUCUCUCCUACGACACCAAUAUCCCUCGCCAGGCUGGCCUUUCGGGUUCUAGCGGGAUCGUGUGUGCUGCGUUGAACUGUUUGUUGGAUUUCUACAACGUCAGGCAUCUGGUCAAGGUGGAGGUCAGGCCUAACCUCAUCCUCGCUGCCGAGAAAGAACUCGGGAUUGUGGCCGGUCUUCAGGAUCGGGUCGCACAAGUUUACGGUGGCCUUGUUUACAUGGACUUUAGCAAGGAAAACAUGAAUGAGCUGGGCCAUGGAGUUUAUGUACCAGUGGAUUUGAGUCUCCUCCCUCCUCUGUAUCUCAUCUAUGCGGAAAAUCCUAGUGAUUCUGGCAAGGUUCAUAGUAAAGUACGGCAGAGGUGGCUUGAUGGUGAUGAGUUCAUUGUGUCUUCCAUGCUUGAAAUUGCUAAUAUCGCCCAAGAAGGAAAGACUGCAUUAGAAGAAAAGGACUACUCCAAAUUUGCAGCUCUCAUGAAUCGAAAUUUUGACCUGCGAAGGUUAAUGUUUGGAGAUGAUGCCCUCGGUGAUUUGAACCUAAAAAUGGUAGAGGUUGCCAGAAAGGUUGGAGCUGCGUCAAAAUUUACCGGUAGCGGAGGAGCUGUUGUUGCAUUUUGUCCUGAGGGGACUUCUCAAGUGAAGCUUCUCGAGGACGAAUGUCAAAAAGAAGGAUUUGUGAUACUACCUAUUGAACCUCUUCCUUCUCGUCUAAAUGAAAUUGACUUGAAAACCUUGCAAAUAAAGUAAUCUAUAUUGAGGGUUUGAAAAAUAGUUCUCAACAAAAUAAAAUUUCCAUUUACUCAAGAACGCGGGUUUAAAGCUGGUGGGAGUUGGCAUACUCAAAGCGCAAUGUAAGUUUGUUCCGUUUCGUUGAGAGAGGAUCAAACUUUGAAGUUGCUUUUGAUGAGGGUGGAUCUGAGAGUUUGGUUUGUGGUAUAUUGCUUUUGGGGUGUUUCUAAUACCGUAUAUGAGACGUACAUGUUACCUUCGUAUCACUUGUCUGGUCAAUUUCGUAAAUCUUGUGCGCAAGUUGGUUACGCGGAAUAAGAAUUGGUUUACCUAUCAAAAGGAAAAUUCAAUCUGCCAUUUGUUUUUUGCGAAAAACAAAAUUAUGGAUUGAAUUUGUUAAAUAAAAGCUGCAUUUUAAUGUACGGAGAUGUAUGUUCAACCCACGUUUUAUUAGUUGAACCAACUUUAGAUGCAAUGAGAAGGUCUGUUUGUUUUAAAA